AUGACAGCUAAGAUGAGCUCCCCUGGUCGGAUCCAACGUCGCUUGGCGUGUUCCUUGACCCCGCUGUUGAUCAGCCGGCCAUCGGCAUCUCCUCAGCCUCGGAUUCCAACUAUCCUUCGUCAUCGUCCAGUCUCGCGUUGGUUCGGUAGCGAUAAACACAUCCUACCAAACUACCAUGACCAGCCUGCCCUGAUCUCAAGAGCUGAGCCUCCAUCUCCAACCCAUCAGCCCGGACGUAAGACUGGCUGCCUUCGACUGAGCUAUUCGCAACUCGAUCAGAGUAUCAACGCAGUGGCUUUUGGGCUCCACCACCUUGGGAUUCGCAAGGGUGAUAGAGUGGGCAUCAAUACCCCCACCCAUUCAAUCUUUCCAAUUCUUCAAUGGGCCACCUCCAGGAUUGGUGCUAUCCUCGCCACAAUCAAUCCAGCCUAUGCGCCAUCUGAACUGGCCAAUGUCCUCAAAAAAGUUGACUGCAAGGUCUUGUUCAGCACGCCGUCAUUCAAGUCCAAGGACAUGAUCCCAGUCCUUUCGAGCCUAAUCCAGGAGAUCCCCUCACUCACACACCUCGUCCUCGUCGACAACGAAUCACACCAACCGGGCAAAAGAUCAAAAUCCGAAAUCCUUGAGAAAUUUCAUUCCACCAAGUCCUCCUCGUCAGCGUCAUCAGUGAUCGAUUUGGAACAAGUCAUCCAGCAGUCUAGUUCUUCUCAACAAUUUCCCAUCCCGGAACUUCAAGCUGACGACGUCAUCAACCUCCAAUUUACUAGUGGAACAACUGGACUCUCGAAAGCUGUCUCCUUAACCCAUCGGAAUCUGUUGAACAACGCCCACCAUAUCGCCGAUCGGACCACUCUUACCUCGAAAGAUUCACUGUGUAAUGUGCCGCCACUGUUUCACUGCUUUGGCUCGGUCAUCGGGAACUUGGCAAGCUUCGUCAAAGGUGCUACGGUAGUCUUUCCCAGCGAAACAUUCGAUCCUGAUGCAGUCAUUCGGACUGUCUCCGAAGAACGUUGCACGGUCUUAAAUGGUGUUGGCACAAUGUUCUUGGCUGAGCUCAAUGUUCUGGAUCGAAUGAAAGAUGUGGAUAUGUCUUGUCUAAGGACCGGUGUUGUGGCGGGCUCUCCAGUAUCCGCAGAGUUGAUGAAUCGAAUCGAAGAUCGAUUAGGCAUUAAAGAGCUGACAAUCCUCUAUGGGAUGACGGAAACUUCACCUGGUACCUUUCAAACACGCCCCACGGAUGAGCGAUCCAAACGAACAGCGACUGUAGGGACUAUCUAUCCACACACCCAGGCGAAAGUGGUCGACUUGGCGACCCGAGAGGUUGUCAAAAGAGGCCAGCGGGGGGAGCUUUUGGUCUCUGGAUACUCGGUCCAAAAGGGAUAUUGGAACGACCCACUCGAGACUGCAAAGGCUAUGAUCACUGAUCAGGAGGGCCGUGUUUGGAUGCAAUCGGGGGACAUCGCAAGCAUUGACGAGGAUGGUUAUUUAAAAAUCGUAGGUCGUGCAAAGGAGGUUAUCAUUCGAGGUGGAGAAAACCUGUAUCCUGUGGUAAUUGAGAAUUGCAUUAUCAAGUUGGAUGGCGUGGUAAGUGUAGCAGUAGUCGGAGCAAAAGAUGAAUUCUAUGGAGAAGUGGUCGGCGCCUUUGUGAAAAGAAAGCCCGCCAGUUCCAAGAGCCACUCUUCCCCCUCAGGAUCGGAAAGAAGGACCGCUGAUCAAUCAGUGACUGAAGAAGAUAUUCGAUCGAUUGUCAAAACUAACAUGGCUGGGGCAAAUAUUCCAAAAUUUGUAUGGUUCUUGGAUUCGAUUGGUCAAGUCGACUUUCCGAUGACCGGUAGCGGGAAGAUCAAGAAGACUGAAUUGGCUCUUUGGGUCCAAGAUUUAUUGAGCAACCAUCAGAAUUUGUAA